CAUUCUCUUACACCACCCCAAAAUUGAUUUCAACUGUCCAUUUCACAAAGCGCGCGGUUCUUAGGCGAGGACCCACCAGACCCACCAGAAUUGACGAGAGAUCAUCUUGACUCCAUCCAACCCAUCCAUCACACGCAACAACCCCCUAAAAUGAGUCGCCGCCCACCCCGCUCACCCCUCACCACCGCUUCUGUGUCUCUCGGCCCCGCCCACACACCGUCCUCCCACUCCCAAGCAGAAGCAGAUAUGGAGCAAAACGAAGACGACUUUGCGUCGUCCUCCCCCGUUGCCAAUGUCGACACGGUGCCGUCGAUGAACAUCCCACGGUCGGCGUUUGAGAGAAGGUUUCAUGCAAAGGAGGAGGCUUUUCGAGAUCUGUCCAGGUUUGAGGAACAGCUGCGAUCCCGCCUGAAUGAUGCGCGGACGGAGCAAAGGCGGUGGCAAGCUGGCGUUCUUCUCCUAUUCCUACUCCUGGCUUGGAGCACAUAUCGGAUCGUCACAAACGAUAAAGUCAAUGAGCGGGGCAUCCCGCAACAAAGCUCCUGGCACGUCUUUGGGGUGACCGUCCCGCUAUCGGCAUUCAUCAUCCUGCUCGCAAGCGGAUCCAUGCGCGCGAAACUGUUGAGUGCGAGGAUCUACACCCGCCGCUGCAACAACGCCCUCCGCCCCUUCAACAUGCAAAUCGGGCACUCGGACUCCUCCCAACCACCGCAAACAACCUCAAAAGAUACGCCCAAAGACGCACUGUCGUUCCUGUGGAAGGUGCCGCCGGAGUUCCGCGAGGGGUAUAGGCAGUUCAGAGAGAGAAGGGAGGAGAGAAAGAAGGUCGGCGGGAGGGGGAAGGGGAAGGGGAAGGGUGGGAAGGCGGCGUAGCGUGGUUGGGAGGAAGGGGUAAGAUCUGAUUCCGGGCGGGCUUCGGGUGGGGAUUGUGACCCCGAUUUUGGAAUGGAGUGGCUGACGCAUUUUGGAAAAAGGAUGGCCUUCGAGGCGGUGUGCGGAAAGAUCGCAGAAC